ACCAAGCACCUAGGCAUGCAGACUGCUUCUACAAACAUUUGUGAAAGAAUAAGUCGCUCUCAGAAGCUAAGUGAACUCCAGCUUGGUACCGUGAUAGCGUGGUACCAUGAUAGGUUGCCACCUGUGCAUUAAGUCCAUCCGUGAAAUUUCCUUGCUACUAAAUAUUCCACGGUCAACUGUUAGUGGUAUUAUAACAAAGUGGAAGCAACUGGUAACAGCAACUCAGCCACCAAGUGGUAGGCCAUGUAAAAUGGCAGAGUGGGGUCAGCGCAUGCUGAAGCGCACAGCGCGUAGAAGUCGCCAACUGUCUGCAGAGUCAAUAGCUAAAGACCUCCAAACUUCAUGUGGCCUUCAGAUUAGCAGAACAGUAUGCAGAGAGCUUCAUGGAAUGGGUUUCCAUGGCUGAGCAGCUGCAUCCAACCUUACAUCACCAAGUGCAAUGCAAAGCGUCGGAUGCAGUGGUGUAAAGCAUGCCGCCACUGGACUCUAGAGCAGUGGAGACGUGGUGGUUGCCAGGAGAACGGUACUUGCCUGACUGCUUUGUACCAAGUGUAAAGUUUGGUGGAGGGGGGAUUAUGGUGUGGGGUUGUAUUUCAGGGGUUGGGUUUGGCCCCUUAGUUCCAGAGAAGG